AUGCCAGUCACAAAUCCACUAUCAUCUCUUAGCCCUACCGGAUCUGGUCCCGAGGGAGGAGACAAGCAAAAAGAAGGUCCGUGUUCAUACUCAUACCCAAUGUCAUCUCGCCCCCAACUCGAUACUGUCCCCCGUUCCCUUCCCCCUACGCAAGUGAUGGUAGAUGCGAGCUACUAUUUCGGUUACUCAGUGUUAAUUACCUUGGAUCUAACUGCUUUUGGCGCUGUAGGCACUGAUACCCUCGAAUCAGUCCCUCGAACGGUGGCCGGAGUGGUCAACGAUAAGGGCGAUAUUGUCGACAAGUCGGGCAAGGUUAUCGGAAGUGUGACGGAUCAGAAGGACCAUGAAAAGUUGGUCGGUGGCACCGUGACGGAGAAGGGCGAUGUGGUGUCAGACUUGGGCGAGAGCUUGGCCAAUGUUCACAUUGACGACAACUACACGCCAACCCAAGUUCCUGACAAGAAGGAAGGUGGUGGCGGUUGGAAUGUGUUGGGCAAGGCCAAGACAGCUAUGCAAUACGGCGAUAACAUCAGAAACGCCGUGUCAUAUGGUCAAAACUUGCAAAACAAGUUUGGCGGUGGCCAAAAGGGCGAGGCUGAAAAGGCCGGUCAAGAUGUUUCCGACAAAGCUGGAGAAGGUAUAGAAGGCGCCAAGGAUACUGCUGCCAGCCAGAAAGAUAAUGCUGAAAAGACUGGUCAAGACGUCACCAACAAAGCAGGUGAGGCAGCUGAGGGCGCCAAAGAGUCGACCGAACAAAACGAGAUCGAUGCGCCAGUGCAAAUGGAGAACCAUGAUGAUCCUACACAAAAGGACGUCAUUGCCGACACUGAAGGAUUGAAAUCUCAAGUCGACGAAAAGAAGGGCGAGACGGAAGAAGCUGCCACUGACGCCAAGGACACCGCAGAGGAUACUCUGGACAAGGGUGAGAAGGCUGCUGGAGAGCAAGAUGAGCCAAUGACCACUCAGAGUCCGAAACCUAUUCCUGAAGGCGACGAGGCCACAAAGGCUGGAGAGGAUGCGACAAAGGAUGCCAAAGAGGCUGGUGAAGGAGUUGAAGGAAAGCUUGAUGAGGCCAAACCUGAAGGAGGCGAACUCGACCAAGACAAACUUGGCGACGAGAAACUUGAUGACGUUAAGCCUGACGAGAGCCAGCUGCCAGAAGGUGAGGCAAAAGACAAGCUUGACGAAGCCAAACCCGAUGAAGGUGCUUUAGACGAGACCAAGGAUGAGGCAACCGGCAAGGUUGAAGAAGGCGCCGAGGAGGCCGGUGAAGCCGCAGAGAAACCCUUGGACUUUACCAUCCUCAAGAACACCAAGGUCAACAAGGCCGGCAACCUGGUCAACGACAAGGGCGACAUCAUCGGCCGACUGGUCGAAGGCGACCCAAAACAGUUGAUUGGCAAGACCUCCGACGAAGAAGGUCAAAUCUGGAACGAGUCCGGCAAGGUUGUCGGCAAGGCAGAGCCCAUCUCCGACAACGAACGCGACCAAGCAGCCAAGGACUUUGCUCCCUUCGAAAACUUCCCCGAUGCCAUUGUAGAAGGCGACGGACGUGUCAUGUCCGAGGGCCGCCAGGUCGGUGAAGUGAUUGAAGGUGACGCCAAGCGCAUGAAGGGCAGCCGUGUCGACGAAGACGGCGACAUCCUCGACCGCCGCGGCAACGUCAUCGGCAAGGCCAAGCCAUGGGAUGAGCCUGAAGAAGUUCCCGAAGAGGCCACCGACAUGACCUCCCUGGCCGGAAAGCGAGUCAACAAGGCAGGCAAUGUCGUUGACGCCCACGGCCAAAUCUUCGGUCGUGUCAUCGAGGGCAACGUCAAGUCCCUUGUCGGACGCAUGUGCGACAAAGAGGGCAACAUCAUGAGCGAGUCUGGCGAAAAGAUUGGCAGAGCCGAACUUGUACCAGAGUCAGAGCGCGAGGGCUCCAAGGACGGUCCAUUCGCUGAACUUUCAGGCUGCACCGUCACCAAGGAUGGCAAAGUUGUCACAUCAUCCGGCGAGGUGGUCGGGCGACUUACCCAGGGUGAUGGAAAGGCGCUGUAUGGUCGCUCUGUCGACGAAGAUGGCGAUGUUGUUGACAAGAAUGGUAAUGUUCUCGGCAAGGCUGAGCGAUGGGAAGAGCCCGAGGUUGAAAAGAAGAAGGACCCUCUUGCUGGGCGCAAGGUCAACCGCGAUGGUAAUGUUGUCGAUGAAGAGGGCAACAUUAUUGGCAAGCUUGUCAGCGGUGACUUGAACAUUUGCUCUGGCAAGGAGAUUGACGACGACGGAGAUGUCAUCAACUCCAAGGGCAACACCAUUGGCCAUGUCAGCUUGCUUGAGGAUAUUCCCCCCGAGCCAGAGGAGUCUGCUGAAGAUAAGGAGACGCGAGAGCAGGCAGAGAAGGAUAGGAAACUUGCCGGCCAGCUUGCGGCCUCUAUUGAGCAGUCUCUCGACAAGAUCAAGCCGAUUCUCAAGAUGAUCACCGACAAGGUGGACAAGGCGGAGCGUACGCCAAAGGAGGAGCUUGACGAGGAGCAGCUCGUCCGCGAGGUGAAGCCUCUUAUUGAAGAAGGCAGCAAGAUCCUGACCGAGACGAAUGGUGUUGUUCGCGGCAUGGAUCCCGAUGGCCGUAUUCAGAGACAGGCGAAGCACAAGUCCUCAACAAAGGAUGCCACCCCUGAGGAGCAUCACCUUGCAGAGGUUCUCAAGGAGCUUACCGGCGAUGUCACCCAAACAAUCGACAAUGCCAAGCGCAAGAUUGAAGGCAUGCCACACGCCAAGAAGGAACUGAACCCUCUCUGGGGCCUUCUCUCAGAGCCGCUGUUCCAGAUUGUCGCCGCUGUUGGUCUUCUCCUCAACGGUGUGCUCAGUCUUGUUGGACGACUUUUGAGCGGCCUUGGCUUGGGUGGUCUGGUGGAUAAUUUGCUUGGCACGCUUGGUCUUAACAAGGUUUUGGAUGGUCUUGGUUUGGGCAGUGUUACUGGAGCUUUGACUGGAAAGAAGGAUAAGAAGAAGGAAUGA